AUGCCUCCAUUAGACAAACGAAUCAAGAAGUUUUUAAAAAACUCUAUAAGAGUGGCUCCAAAAAUCUCAGAUAAAGGGGAAUUAGCAGAGCUGAGAGCAGGUCUUGUAUCUCAAUAUCCACAAACACGGAAGGAUGCUAUCAAGAAAACUAUUCAACAAAUGACUCUAAAUAAAGAUGUUUCUACUCUAUUUCCUGAUAUUCUGAAAAAUAUGGCCACAAAUGAUAUCGAACAAAAAAAAUUGGUUUACUUGUAUGUUAUGAACUAUGCAGAAACUCAUCCCGAACUAUGUAUCCUUGCGGUGAACACAUUUGUUACAGAUGCACAAGAUCCCAACCCAUUGAUACGUUGUAUGGCUAUAAGAACCAUGUCAAUGAUUAGAGUAGACAAAAUAUUGGAAUACAUUGAGACACCUUUACGCCGUACAUUACAGGAUGACAAUCCUUACGUCAGAAAGACUGCUGUCAUAUGUGUGGCCAAAUUGUUUCAGUUGAAUAAAGACCUUUGUAUAGAACUAGGCGUAUUGGAAGAUUUACAAUCUGCGUUGGAUGAUUCCAAUCCCAUGGUUGUCGCCAACGCAACAGCAAGUUUAUCUGAAAUAAAUGAUAUGGACCCAAACGUCAUCGAUUUAAAAACGUUGAUUCAAUCUCAUGUUUCGCAAUUCCUUAUGGCAUUAAAUGAAUGUACCGAAUGGGCAAGAAUAACAAUUUUGGGCGCCUUAUCUGAAUAUUCCGCUAAAGAUUCUCUAGAGGCACAAGACAUUAUUGAUCGUGUUACUGCCCAUUUACAACAUGUAAAUCCCGCUGUUGUUUUAGCUACGAUCAAAGUUAUUAUCAAAAAUUUACCUGAAGUUGAAAUUAGUGCUAAUGGGCUAACCAUGAAGAAAUUAUCCUCUGCAUUAGUAUCAUUAAUGUCUAGUCCAUCUGAAAUGCAAUACGUGGCUUUGAAGAAUAUUAGAAUUAUCCUUGAGAAAUACCCAGAAAUAUUAUCGAAGGAAUUAAGAAUCUUUUAUAUCAAAUUCAAUGAUCCACUUUAUGUUAAAGUAGAAAAGAUUGAUAUUUUGGUGAGGCUAGUGGAUCCAACAAAUUUGAAACAGUGUGCACUUUUAUUGACAGAAAUGAAAGAGUAUUCAAUGGAGUUCGAACCAGAAUUUGUUUCUCGUGCAAUCCAGGGGUUGGCACAACUGGGUAUUAAAUAUUCGGAUGAAAGAUUUGUUCAGAAGAUAUUGGAUACACUACUAGAAUUGGUAGAAAGAGACCAGGAUUCUAUUAAAGAUGAUUGCUGCAUCUCUAUGUGUAAUUUGCUGAGACAUAGCCCAUCCAAUGAGAAAUUAGCAGAACAGGUUUGUUCUUUAUUAAAUUCAUGGAGCGAACCUGACGCUAUAUUACGUACCGAUAGUGCUAAAUGUAAUUAUGUUUGGUUAAUGGGUCAAUACCCUCAAUUUUUCCCCAGUCUACAAGCCAAGAUGGAUAUUUUUGUUAAGUUGUUCAAACAAGAAGAAUCUUUAACUCAAAUGUCCAUCCUAAUUACAGUGGUUAAAUUACAUUCGAAGUUACCAGGAACUAUGUUACAGCAUGUCUUGGAGUUAGCUACACAGGAAACAAAUGAAUUAGACGUCAGAGAUAUGGCGAUGAUGUAUUGGAGAUGUUUAUCCAUGGAUAAUUCAGAACAAUUAGUCAAUGAUCUUUGUAAGACAAUUCCACCUCAAAUUGAAAAUACCUUAGAUAAAUUUUCACCUGAAUUGUUAGAAAAAUUGCUUCUAGAACUUGGUACCAUAAGUUCAAUAUAUUUCAAACCACAAUCUGACAGAAGAAGAAGGACUAUAACGUACCAAAACAUAGUCAAAGGGAAACACAUCGACGAAUUACAGGACUUAGCCAAGAAUGAAAUAGAAAGUAAGGGUAAUAAUGAUGUUCUAUUAGAUUUUGAUGAUGAUGACGACAAUGGGGAAGGAGAUGAUGAUGAUGACAUAGAAAUGAAUUCCACUUCAAAUGGUAAUAGCCACCUGGCAGAUUUGGAUGAUUUAUUCGAUUUUGGGACUGCCCCAACAACAAGUGAGAUCAACAAUGGAGUGUCCAACUUGAACAUACGAUCUGACUCCUCAAAUACACAAAGUCAAAAUAAUCCAAAACUAUCGUCAAAUACACAGGAUUUAUUAGAGUUGUUUUAG